AUGUCUUCCUCAAUAUCGCCCUUUUACCGCCCUGGUGCAUUCCCUGUUUUAUCCUCCCGCGUACUCGCCAGCGCUUCACAAUCUCUCCGAUUAGCUAUCCAGUCACAACACCUCAUUCGCAGUUUUUACUCCUCACCUCCGCUAAUAACUCCAGCCCUCACCACUACAAAAGGCUUCACAUAUUUAAUAGGUGCCGCUUGGUCACCAAAGAGAAAACGUCAAAACGUAAUAAAUCAUGUAACCGGGAAUCCAUGGUGGAGAGAACAAAUGAGAACCGGAAAGGUCGAUGCUGGAGAAGACGCUUUUUUCUAUGUUCUUACUAAUUGUGGUGUCGCUUUAGGGGUGGCUGAUGGAGUGGGUGGAUGGUCACAGAUGGGGGUGGAUUCGGCAGCGUUUUCUUGGGAUUUGAUGGACAAUGCGGCCAAUGUCGCAAAAGAACUCGGUACUGCAGAACGGAACCGUUAUAAAUCUAGCGUUAGACGCUAUGACGAUAUCGUAGAUGCCAAACGCAUAUUAAGCAGAGCGUUUGAGAAUAUGACAAAGAGCGGAAAGGUUGAAGCUGGGAGUUCAACAGCAUGUAUUCUCUCGCUUUCCAACGAUUCAGGAAUACUUAAUGCUGCUACCUUGGGCGAUUCAGCAUUUCUUUUAAUCCGCAGUGGCCGCCUUCUUUACGAGUCUCCUUCACAACAACAUUUCUUCAAUUGUCCUUAUCAACUUACAUUAGUACCCGAACAUUAUCCCAAUCAAAAAUUAUAUAUCAGAGAUAAACCCAGUGAUGCAGAUCAGUCAACGCAUCAGUUACAAGAUGGUGAUGUAAUAUUAUUAGCAACAGAUGGGUUUUAUGAUAAUGUGUUUCCGGAAGAAGCGGUUUCUAUCGUGAACGAAGAGCUCGAUAAAGUUUUAAGCGGUAACAAAGGCACUCGGAAUGUAAGCGUUGAGGAGCUUACAAAACGUGUGAGAGGCUUGUCAAGAAGACUCACAGAUACAGCUAGGAAAUAUUCUGAGGAUCGCAAGCGAAUUAGUCCAUUCAGUAAGAAUGCGAUGAAUAUGGGCGAGUCUCGGUUAGGAGGGAAAAUAGACGAUAUAACUGUACUUAUUACUCUGGUGAGGGCAAAUUCAUGA